UGUAGAGGCGGUGUGGAGCGCAGCCGUGCUUCACGGCACGAAUCACCAGCAGCUGUCAUGUGAAUCAGCUGUGCGAACAAGGAAGGGGAUAAACAACAACACGACCCCGUCUUUCUAAAUCAAGGUUAUAGCUGGUAAAGUGGCAGGAUGGCGGGGGCAGAGGUGCAUACCCCUGCAAACCCCACCUGCAAGAUUAUGACCUUCAGGCCCACUAUGGAAGAGUUCAAGGACUUCAACAAGUACUUGGUUUAUAUGGAGUCUCAGGGUGCACAUCGGGCAGGCCUGGCUAAGGUAAUUCCUCCUAAAGGCUGGAAGCCCCGUCGUACCUAUGAUGACAUAGAUGAUUUGGUGAUCGAUGCGCCAAUUCAGCAGAUGGUGGCCGGCCAAUCAGGGCUCUUCAUUCAGUACAACAUCCAGAAGAAGCCUCUGACAGUGCAGGAGUUCAGACGAUUAGCCAACAGUGACAUGUACUGUACACCUCGCUACCUGAAUUAUGAAGACCUAGAGAGGAAAUAUUGGAAGAACCUCACUUUUGUCUCGCCCAUAUAUGGUGCUGAUGUCAGUGGCAGCCUCUACGAUGAGGAUGUGGACGAGUGGAAUAUUGCCCACCUGAACUCCAUCCUGGAUGUUAUUGAGGAGGACUGUGGUGUGUCCAUACAGGGUGUCAACACUCCAUAUCUAUACUUUGGUAUGUGGAAGACCACCUUCUCCUGGCACACUGAGGAUAUGGACCUUUAUAGCAUCAACUACCUUCAUUUUGGAGAGCCCAAAUCUUGGUAUGCCAUCCCCCCCGAGCAUGGGAAGAGACUGGAGCGCCUGGCUACAGGUUUUUUCCCCAGUAGCAUCAAGGGGUGUGAAGCUUUUCUUCGUCAUAAGAUGACUCUAAUCUCCCCUUCCGUACUGAAGAAGUAUGGUAUUCCCUUUGAUAAGAUUACUCAGGAAGCUGGAGAGUUUAUGAUCACCUUCCCUUAUGGUUACCAUGCUGGAUUCAAUCAUGGCUUCAACUGUGCAGAGUCCACCAACUUUGCCACUUUGCGUUGGAUAGACUAUGGAAAGGUGGCUACACAGUGCACGUGUAGCAAAGACAUGGUAAAGAUAUCCAUGGAACCUUUCGUGAAGCGUUUUCAACCUGACAGAUAUGCUAACUGGAUGCUGGGCAAAGAUUCGACAUAUAUUGACCACACACUUGCAACUCCCAGUACAACACCAGAGCUGCAGAGCUGGUUGCAGAGGCGCCGCAAGACCGAUUCUGCAAAUAAAGGCAGUAGCCACUCUCGUAUGCGCUCCAAGCGCCUCAGGACUACAGAAGAGCCCGUUGGCCUGGAUGGCACCUCAGCGCUUAAAAGCAGCAAGAGGAAAAGUUCGGGAGGUCCCCCUGGGCCGAAGGUGCGAAGGUCUGUAGCUGGGACAACCAGCAAAAGAGAACAGAAAGAGAAGAAAAAGGAAGUCGAGUCAAAGCACAACCAGAGUCAAAACUCUGUUCAGCUCUCUGGUCCUUGCAGACAGAUGUGUGUGGUCAAGGUCAAUCGUGUAGAGAGUAAAAGUUUGGGGGUUUCUGAUAAAGAGCAGUCUCAUAACUCUCACGACUGCCCUCCUGCUUCACCUUUGAAGAAUGACCUAAAGGCAGAAACAGACACUCAUAUUGACCCGCAAUACCUCUCAGAGCCAGGUCUCACAAGCAGGACUCCAAAAAGUCUCAGACAAAGGCCUGAGGCUACUCAGGUGGAUCCAGCAAUUAAUGAGUCAAGGCAUCUCUCUUCUGAACCACGAGACCUCUCAUCUUGUAAAGACUGCUCAAUCAGGAUGCCUCCUGUGGAAGCCUGUGAACACAACUCACCUUCCCACACAAGUACUUCUGAUGAGACUGUGGCGAGCUUGUGCACCCCUGACUCUAAAGCUCACACGUCUGGUUCCCUAUGUAGAGAAGACACUUUAAUAUUCAACACUGACUGCAGCAUGGACACAGGUACAGAGAAUUACUCUAACAACAGUGUUAAAUCAGAGGGAAUGGACGUAGUUGUUGAUCCGAAACACAUCAAUUCACACUCCACUACAGAAGCACUUUAUGAUCUGAAAAGUGAGCCAGUAGAGGGGGGUAGUUACACAUCAUGUAGCUCCCCUUCUAAACACAAUCGCAGUUUAAAAAGCAGCAGUGAGGAAAAUCUUUUCCCCCCUCUUCUGCAGAGGAAUGCAGUGGAUAUGCCACAACUCACUCCAGAGCCAGAUGAUAAGGUUGGAAUUUGCCCUUUGCCACCUGUACUGACCCAAGAGAUGCCCUCUCUUACUCCUGCUGAUGAUGGCCUGACUGACUUUUCAAAAUCUAGAUCAUGUAGUCACCAGAUUGCACCUGUGCUUCAGAGGGAGACACCAACUGGCUCUUUAUCCUCAGAUGGAACAAGACAGGAAGAGAAAGGGACUGAUUUGAUGAUGUCAACAGAACUUCAUACAGGAGAUCAUGCCAACAACUGGCAUUUAAAUUCCCCAUAUAAUUGUGAAGGGGCAGCAGUGUCUGGUUUAGAAGGAAAAACGGCUCAUUUGGCUGCCAGUGGUAUGCACAAAAUAACAUCUGGUGGUGUCCAUGAAAUGAUGCUAAUGCCUCCAGUUGCUGCUGACAAGGAUCACGCAAAGCUGGAAAAUCUUACUGGACUGACCGAUGUCUCCCCUGGGCAGCUUGUUCAGAGCACUGCACCUCAAAGAGAGCAAAAACUCAACUUACCAGAGUUUGCUAAUAAAGAUAACUCCAAAGACCCAGUUCAAAGAGAUGGUGGAUUCAGUACCUCGAACAAAAAUAUCCCAACCCCUGCUCCUCCAUUAUGCACUCAAACUGUCAGCCACUCAGCAUUACAACUACAGCAUCACACUACAUAUUCCUCUUCCUAUUGUACACCCCAGCAGCCAUACAUGGAGCCUAAAACGUUCUCCAGUAGCAUCUGGAAAAGCUUCAAUUCCCAGAAUCCUGCAGUCCUUAUCCAAAGUUUACACCCUGAGCUGCCCUCUGACUUUACCCAUGACCCUCUACCUUAUACCAUGUGGACUGAACCUCAGUGCAAAGAGGUCACAGACCUGGAAAACCCUGAGCAAGACCUACGUGAGUCAGAAAACCAGGAAGAAGAAAGUGGGCCUCUCACCUGGGCUCAACUCGAGCCUACUUCUCUAGUUUCAGUCGGUGCUAUUGAGCCUCUGGGGCUUUGUGGAGAAUAUGAGUUGCAAAGAGACGAAGCAGAUGGGGCUGAUGCUCUGUCCUUGUGCAGGGAGCUGGGGAGACAAAGGGAAGCUGAGGAGAGCCUCCACUCGGAUACUGCUGUUUCACCUCUCAGGACAGGAGGUGGAGAACGGGAUAGGUUGUCUGAUAUGGAAGAAGGAGGAUCCGAUGGUGAAGAAGCAGAUCAGCAAAGUGCCAAGGGAGAGAGCAGUAGUGAGUCAUCUGAUGAUGAUGAUGAUGAUGAUGAUGAAGAAGAAGAGCUAAAUGAUACAAGUAAUUAUGAGUGCAAUGAAUCAGGCCUGGAACCUGGGGAGGUGUGUGCUUACCCUGCGGUGUCAAUGAGGAGGACCACUAAGAGCUGGCGUCACCCACUCAGGAAACCCACUGCAAGGGCUGUACCAACUGCUGUCAAACAACAGGUCACCAGUGACGAUGAGCCACCUGAAGCAAGCUUGGCAGAAGAAGAGGGGCAGGAAAUGGAAGCAUGGGCAAAGCCGCUCGUCUACCUGUGGCAGAACAAAAAGAGCUGCUUCUCAGCAGAGAGGGAAUACAAUGCUCAUGCAGCCACCAUGCAGCCGUACUGUGCAGUGUGCACACUCUUCAUGCCCUAUUAUCAGGCGGAAGACAAAGCAGAAGACAAUAAACCUGUGAUUGCUAAAGACCCCUCCCAAUCUUCAUCUCCAAUGGAGGGUCCCUCGCCUCAUGGUGGAGGGUUUAGGAGAACCAAGCCCCUGAUCCCAGAGAUCUGCUUUUCUUUUCGAGAGGAGAAUUGCCCCCCAACUCCCACUAACCCUCUGCUGCAGGAAGACGGCACCUCCCCUCUGCUCUACUGCCAGGGCUGUUGCUUGCAAGUCCACGCAAGUUGCUACGGUGUUGCUGCAGAUGACAUCAGUGAACGUUGGACAUGUGAUCGCUGUAUGGAGGAAAGCUUUACGGCAGAAUGCUGUCUCUGUAACCUCAGAGGUGGAGCUCUAAAGAAAACCCAAAACGACAAAUGGGCUCACGUGAUGUGUGCAGUAGCACUGCCAGAAGCAAAGUUCAGCAAUGAAGCCAAGAGGAGUCCCAUUGACACCAGCAGGAUCCCCAUGCAGCGAUAUAAACUGAAGUGCAUCUAUUGUCGUAAACGCUGUGCGGGAAAGCGGCACUCAGGGGCUUGUAUCCAGUGCUCAUGUGGCCGGUGUCCCACCUCCUUUCAUGUGACCUGUGCCCAUGCUGCCGGUGUUAUCAUGGAGCCCGAUGAUUGGCCGUAUGUUGUGUCAAUCACCUGCCAUAGACACCAGUCGCGGAGUUCGUCAGCUAAGCAGCAAGCAAGCCAAGCUUCCAUCUCACUUGGCCAGACAGUGAUCUCCAAACACAAGAACCUGCGCUACUAUAGCUCCAAGGUCACCGAGAUCACCUCCCAGAUGUUCUACGAGGUCAUGUUUGAUGAUGGCUCUUUUUCUAAUGAUACAUACCCCGAGGACAUAGUGAGCCGAGAUUGUGUGAAUUUGGGCCCACCUGAAGUGGGGGAAGCUGUUCAAGUGAAAUGGCCUGAUGGGCUGUUCUACAGUGCCAAAUACCUGGGAUCCAAUGUCUCCUACAUGUAUCAGGUGGAGUUUGAAGAUGGGUCUCAGGUGCUGGCAAAAAGGGAAGAUGUCUAUACCUUAGACGAAGACCUGCCCAACAAGGUGAAGCGCAGACUUUCAACGGCCUCGAGCAUGCGUUUCCAGGAUGCUUUCUUCACCACGCAGGGGGAGAGAAAACGACAGAGAACGCCAAAUUCACGCUUUCAGAAAGACUAUGUGGCCCUGCCAGGCCUCCGUACAACUGCCAAAAGCACAUGGGAGCAACGCAGCCACAAAGGGAAAUGAAGUCAUGGAGAAGCAUCAAUGACAAAUGAAUGCACUGAGUUAACAGUGGACGUAGAGGGGAGGUUGUCUGUGUGUGUGUGCGUGCGUGUGUGUGAGUAUGUUUGCAAGUUUCGGGGAUUUGGGGAUUGCUAUUUACAUCUUAACUGUUGCCCACACAAGUUUCCUGUGAAACGUUCUAAGGAAAUUACAUGAGGGCAGUGAAUGUGGUGAUGUGGAUUAGAUGGAUGUUGACUUGCGUGUGCUUCUACAUUUUACAUCAGUGACUGGAUGGUGUAACAGGCAGGGGAGGAAUUCUGAUUGGACUCUUACAGAAUGGGUUAACAGAGGGCAUUGUUGCCUCGGUUGCCUAAUGCUCUCACAACGGUCAGGGAAAUUUAAUGUGACUUAUAAUGGUCACGUCACCCUUUUUGAAAUAACAUUUUUUUUCUUUGUACAUGAAUAAUUCAAAAGCGAUUUUUCUAAUUAGCCCACCUACAGUAGCCUUUUGGGUGAUCUUUAAGUUUUGAUUUUGAAUGUUUAUGUUCUUUGCCUGUAGUAUUUUUUCCUCAUGUCUUACUGUUUUCUCCUCGCAUGUUCAGCAUCGUCUCCUAACUGCUUCUGCAGGGCCGAGUCCAGUUACACAAUAAUGGCUUCCUCUCUGCCUGUUUUUUUUUUUUUUAAAUUCCCUUAUGGACAAAAAUAUGUGAAUUCUGUAAUUUGAAGUUUAAAAGCAUUAAGAAAAAUGACCGACCACAUACGGAUAACUUCCUGUAGGGGAAAAGACAGACAGGAAGCCAUAGCUUUGUGUUGGAUUAUGUGUCCAAUUAACGUGAAAUGCUACUGUUGCCCUCUUGAAUGAAACACAUUGUUGAAAUUAUUUAAAAUUUGUAUUUAUUUUUGGCUUGCUAUAGUUAAGCUAUUGCUAACUGCUGUAAGGAAAACAAUAAAACAUUACAUAUGU